AUGGGUUCGAUGCAAACAACUAAUAAUCAUCAUAAACGUUGUCAAACACCGUUAUCAUCGCCGAGAUCUCUUCAUAAUGCACAAAACAAACGAAUGGAUCGCUUUCGGACAACUGUACGUAGUGCAACACUUCGAGCAUUAGCUGCUCGAAACUUUCACAAUUUCCCUUCAUCGUCAAACGAUUCAACAACAAAUAACAGCAUAUGCACGCUGCCGAACACGAUUACAACGAUUAAUUCUCAAAACGAUUCCGAUCCUUAUUUGAGUGACUUUGACUAUCGAAAAUUCGCGACAUUGACUGGCUUGUCCGAAGAGAAAAUCAAUGAAUUACAUCGAGAAUUUCUGAUUCUAUCGAACAACGGUCAACUUUCCUAUGACCAAUAUCGAUCGAUGUUUGAAAGUGUACCACUUCAACGAACUCCCGCACAACUAGAAAAACUAGCUCGACAAACAUUUGCAAUAUUUGACAAAGACGGAAACAAUUAUUUAGAUUUUGCCGAAUUCAUCGCCGCUUACAUCGCCAUGGAAAGAAAUGAACUCUCACUAGCUGAUACACCUCUCCGACGAGAAUCAGUCAUACCAUCAUCUAUAUCACAACCACCACACCCUCCUCCUUCGGCAACAGUCACGACCGUCCGACGACAUGCAACAACUUAUUAUAGUCCACAAAAAGCUCUUGUUAAUGCUUCGCCGUAUAUUCCGCGUCGAUCAAUGCAUCAUCCAAACAAUUAUCCUAGUUAUCAUCCUUCUCAAUCUCUUGCACAAUAUGUCUAUGUUGCUCCACAAUAUGGAUUCAGAUAG